AUGAACCAGUGGUCCACUUACCUGUUGAGAUGGACAAUCUUCCUCCUCUACUCCUCUGAGAUGAGUGGAAGCAACAGUGAUGCCUGUGUCUUUCCCUUUGUCUACAGAGGGAAUGCAUACUUUGCCUGCACCAAAACCUAUAGCAUCUUUCCUUGGUGUGCCACCAAAGCGAUUUACAAUGGAGAGUGGAAGUAUUGCAUGAUAGAAGAUAAUGCCCGAUGUAUCUUCCCCUUCAUCUAUAGAGGAAAAUCCUACAGCACCUGCAUCACAGAUGGCAGCUUCUUGGGAAAGCUUUGGUGUUCAGUCACCUCCAGCUUUGAUGAGAAGCAGCAGUGGAAAUACUGUGAAACAAAUGAGUAUGGGGGGAAUUCUUUCAGCAAACCCUGCAUCUUCCCCUCCAUCUACAGAAACAGUGUGAUCUCAGAAUGCAUUGAGAAUGAAAGCAACAAGCUCUGGUGUCCAACCACAGAGAACAUGGACAAGGAUGGGAAAUGGAGUCUCUGUGCUGACACCAGAGUUUCCUCCUUGGUGCCGGGCUUUCCCUGCCACUUCCCGUUCAACUAUAAAAACAAAAAUUAUUUUAACUGCACUAACAAAGGAUUAAACGAGGACUUUUUAUGGUGUGCAACCUCUUAUGACUAUGACCGGGACCACACCUGGGUGUAUUGCUGA